GCUCCUGAGGGUGCCCGUGGGGGGGUCCUGAGUGGGCUCCUGCGGGGCCGGGGUGGUGCUGGGGGGUGUCAGUCUCCAGGACCCUCCUCCCCACCUUCUGAUCUCCGCCCCGCUCUCCUCCCGCAGGGCAUGAGCGGCGCCGGGGGCUCGGAGCGGCCGGAGCAGUGGCUGGAGCAGCGGCCGCGCGUGUUUCCCCCGGCAAGUCCCUGCCCGUGCGUGUCCGGCCGGAGCCCCCCGGACGAGCCCCCGGGGGCCUCCUCACUCAGGGGCUCCAGCCCCCCAUUCCCCCUCACCGCUCGAUUGUAUCCGUGUAAAAUCAUCUUGGGGGCACAAUCGCCCCCCCGAAACCUCCUUCCGAAGGGGCCUGAGCCGCUUUCCAGUGGGGCCCAGAUCCCGGCUCUGGGGCAGGAUGGGGUCCUACAGGCGUUGGUGCUUGGAGCGGAGCAGUGCUCGGACCCUGGGAUCAGCGAGGAGCAGCAGCGGGCCCAGGAGGAAUGGGAGGCUCUGGAAGAGAUCCAGUCAGGGUUGGGGGGCACCUCGCCUGUGCCCCCUCCCCCGAUUUCCUUCGCGGAGGCGCUGCAGCACUUCCAGAGCUCCGGGCUCUCCCAGAGCCGGAGGAAAGUCCGGGGGCCGGGGCGCCGGGGGGGCCUGGCUGUCCUGCUGCGCUGCCUCGGGGGGCCCCCCCGGCUCCGGCCACAGCUCCGGGGGGAGCGGGAGCUGGUGCUGGCCAUGGCACAGUGCGCCCUGGAUGACUCGGAGCGGGUGCACAUGCGGAUCCUCCAGACCAUCUACCGGCAGUUGACGCGCUCCCGCCGGGGCUGCCCCCGCUAUGGGACACACUGGGAGGAGCUGGGAUUCCAGGGUGUGGAUCCUGGGACCGACCUGCGUGGGACAGGAAUGCUGGGGCUGAUGCAGAUCCUGUUCUUCGUCCUGGACUCCCGGAUGUUGCCACUGGCCAGGGAGAUCUUCCAGCUCUCCCAGCAUGAAACCCAGAAUUUUCCCUUCUGCAUCAUGUCCGUGAACAUCACCCGGAUCGUCAUCCAGGCGCUGCGGGAGGAGCGGCUCUCCCGGGAAUGCAACCGCCGGCAGCAGGUCAUUGGGGUGCUGAACGACCUCUACGCCGCCGCCUUCCUGCGGCUCUUCCGCCUCUGGAAGCGGCAGUGCGGGACUGUCGCCGACGCCGGGUCCUUCCUCAAGGAGCUGGAAUUAUCCACCAAAAAGAAGCCAAGGCAGCUGCUGAGAUCCCUGGAAGCCUAUGUGAGCCACAGCCUUCGGCCUUCCUCCCCUCCCUCUUCUUCCUCCCAGAUCCACUUCACCGGCAUCUGUGACCCUGUGGUCGAGCUGGAGGGAGAUUCCCGACUGAUCUGACACGGAGCAGGAUGCUGCACAGGGAAUUCUGCUGGUGGAUCAGCCCUUGGAGGGGGACACACCAGUGUCUCCUCUGGUUUGGGGGCUCGGGAAGGGCCAGGAGAGGUCACAGAGCCAGGAUUCAUCUGCUCCAGGUGGAAAUCUCUGGAAGUGAAGGAGGAAGAGGCAGUGGAAGGGGGGAGAUUCCAUGAACCCCCCAGCCUGGCACUGGGAUAGUCCCUCCUUCCAUCCCAAAUGCAGGGUCCCAGCUGUCCUUACCCUCCCCAGGUGGAGCUGGGGGGUGGUGCCAGGCUCCUGGAUCCCAUCCCAGCUCCAGCAGCACCCGGGGGGAGGGUGAUCCCCCCUUUGGGCUGUGGAGGCUUCACUGGGGGCUGGGGGGGAGCAGGACCGGGGGGACAGUGUGACCCCCCCAGCUGGGGACCCCCAGGGUCACCAUGGAGUGUCAGCACCCAAAGAAGUUACUAAAGGGGGAAAUGAGUGUUUUGGUGGAAAAGAGUUUUGGAUUUGGAUUUGCUGCUGGAUUCUGUGGCAUCCAGAGGGGGAUGGUGAAGCAGGAGUGCCAGGAGCCCGAUCUGGGGUGAAAUAGGGGUGAAAAAGGUGCUGUAAAGGAGAGAAAUGAGGUUUGAGAGCUGCAGGGAGGAGUGUUAUCCCCUCUGGGAGCAGCUCCGUGCCAGUGCUUGGGAAUGUCCCCAAACCCCUCAAAAUGGGGAAAAUUCCCCAAAGUCCAAGUCGGGAGAGAAAUGAGGGCUUUGGGGGAGAGAAGUGGGGGCUGGUGGGAGAAUGGAGCAUCACAGCCCCCAGGCCCCCCAAAGGACGAUGAUUCCUGGGGGCUGGGAAUGCUGCUGGAUGGAAAAACAUCCAAUAAAUGGGCAAAAAGGAGCCCAGAAUUAGGGA